UAUGAGGCUCAGUCUGAAUCCCCAGGCUGUGGUGCUGCUGGCUCAAAGUAUUUAACCUCCUCUCAGGAGAAACAGGCAACAAGCGGACACAGGAAUAUCUACACACUCAGCCGGAGGAUGUCGGAGUUGGAGAAAGCAUUCCGUAAAUUUGCUGUGUAUGGUGACACGGCUGCCACUGGCAAUGACAUGACAGGCAAGAAUUUCUCCAAGAUGCUGAAGGAUUGUGGCGUGAUGGAUGGGAAGGCUGUGACCAGCACCGAUGUCGAUAUUGUGUUCAACAAAGUCAAGACCAAAGGCGCUCGCACCAUCAACUUUGCUGAGUUCCAGCAGGCCAUGAAGGAACUGUGUGGCAAGCGCUUCAAGGGCAAGUCUCCUGAGGAGGCACUGCAGGCUGUGUAUGCACUGAUGGAGGGCAAGGAGCCAGCCAACGUGGGUGUCACGAAAGCCACUACAGCUGGAGGGGUUGACAGACUGACAGACACCAGCAAAUACACAGGCUCCCACAAGGAACGGUUUGAUGAGAGCGGCAAGGGGAAAGGAAUAGCUGGUCGUGAAGACAUGACCGAUAACAGUGGCUAUGUUGGGGCCUACAAGGGAUCUGGCACCUAUGACAAGAAACACUAGAGAUGGCACUGCACCUUUGGGAGCCCUACACUCUGUUGUCCUCUGUCACCUAGGAGAGAGGCCAUUAAACAUCGCAUCAUCAUUGCA